GGCAAUAUUUAACAUGUGACUUAUUUACUGAAGCACGAAAAGCCUCUCUGAUUCAGGUGAGCUUGAAAAAGUGAAUCCCUUUGAUUCAGUUGAGAGGCACCAGAGGAAAUUUCCAGUGUAACUCGAUUUCGCGUUGAACCUGUUGGUGAUGAAGGCAGAGGACGACCAGAGCAAAGCUGUCUCAGCUCUAGCAGAUUCCGGAUAUGGUGGUACUUGCCAGAGCAAAAGUGCCGAUGAAAACAGCAGCAACUCAGCAGACAACUGCUCGCGAAGUGGAACCGGGAGCUCGGGAUCGGAUCAUUUGGGAACAGCAUGCAGUUCCGCGGCGGGAACAAAAGAAGGCGACACUCCAACCACUCCUAAAAAGAAAAUAAUUUACAAUCCUUUUAAAAUUCCACUAGAUGACGCUGAGCUUCAUUCCGGUGCCGCCGAAAUCUUCCGAGCUGCACAGUUGGCUCUGAAGUGCUUGAAGAACCUUGCUAGUCAAGAUUUUUUCAAAUGUGAUUCUGCUAAAGCAAAAGCCAAUGCACCGAUCGUUGAAGAUUCAAUCCCGAUCAAUGCGUCAGAGGAAGGAUGUUCUUUGCUGGUAUCUUUGCAAACUAUGUGUGUUGUGCAAGCUUCCCCGACAACCAAGGAUACCCUUGGAUUUUCCGAGCAAAUGCUUUGCUCCAGGUCAUUUCUUGACUACAUCUAUCCCCGAGAUCGUUUUGCAUUCACAUCGGAGGUUACGUCCAUCAUGCGAGCUUUGGGCGAAGGAAAAUUAUCUCCAGAAAUCUGCACGUUUUAUAUCCGCGUGAGAGGAUUCAAGACCUUGGAAAUUGCUGGGUUUGAUGUCAAAACCAAACGAACCAUUUAUAAACCAUUCCAUGGAACUAUGCAAAUCAAGGUUGUGAAGCCUGAACCAGAGCAUGGCAAGGAUAUUUCCAUGGAGGAGCCUGAGUAUUAUACUCUGCUCAAGCUAGUUCCAAUCAAAAGUGCUUACGAAGAGGGAAAAGAUCCUAUUGGCUCCUUCGGGACGCGCCAUACAUCAAGUUGCCAUUUGAGUCACGUUGACCCGGCAGCAAUACCAUUUCUUGGCUAUUUGCCUCAGGAUUUGAUUGGAAAUUCUAUCUUUGAAUAUUACCACCCGGAAGAUUUGAGUUACCUCAAGAAAGACUUUGAAAGCGUCUUGCAAAGAUCUGGAGCUACUUGUUCCGGAGCAAGAUCUCGAUUCAGAGCUCAUAAUGGCUGCUACUUGGUACUCAGCACGGAUUGGUCUUGUUUUGUCAAUCCUUGGACUUGCAGGCUGGAAUUCGUCAUCGGACAACACAAGGUUGUCGAGACUCCAUCAAAUUCCAACGUUUUUCUGAUCCCAAAAGAGACAGAUGCCUUGCUUUCUGACAAGGUGCUACAAGACACAUCUACCCUGCAAGAAGAAAUUCUGGCUAUAUUGAGCAAGAAUAGCACUUCCGUCGCGACGGAUGCAAACACUUUCCAGAAGGACAUUACUAGGGUUAACAACGUCAUUCCACCAACGGAGGAAAAGAAAGCUGACAACAGCGGGCCUGAUCAACGGAACAGCUCCUCUGCACAAGAAUCUGCUUUGAUUGGACACGUGUCUCCGUUGCAUGAAGAGCACGAAGGAUCCAGAAGCAACACUUCUGGCUCAAGCAUAACUACUUAUAACCAGCUCAAUUAUCGCGAAAGCAUUUUAAGGUUUUUCCAGAGUCAACAGAAAGCAGGAGGCGUGACGGAAUAUCCAUCCAGAAACAACAGCGUAAACAGAAUGAAACACCUACCUUUCGAAUCAAAUGCGCUUUCGACAGAUGAGGAAGUUAAUGCCAUGGAUUCGGUUUCCAACAUCCACUCAAAGAAGAACAGCCACAAUGAGAGUUCCUCCAACAAUGUGAGCCACGUGUCGUCAUCAAACGAGAUCAUGGAAAUGGGUACCAGCGUCAGCAAGAAUUCCCUGCAGCAUAGCAUGCAGCAAAUGAACCAUUCCUCUGACCAUUCAGAAAGACAUAAAAUCCCCAACGUUUCACCCGUCUUGGAUAAACCUCAGGAAAAAGCCAACCGGUGUCAGCAGUUUCGACAAGUUCCACGGUGUCUCACAGCAAUUAUUCCUCAAAAGAAGCCAUCAGCUCCGACUAAGAGUCAAAUCCCUGCUGUACAGCGUGUAGUCCAGCCUGUCAAUCCUCUACCGGAGCACAAAGGAUGUCUGACGCAGGAAACGUUGCAGAAACACACGAAAACGGAAAGCAAAUUGUUUGUUAAGCAGCACAGGCCCGUGAGACCGAAACCUGCUCGCAGAUUGACAUCAGCGCCUCCACCGGAUGCCGUGCAGAUUAUUUCCGCAGCAACAGCGGCAGUGGUUGCUGGCAAGAGAAACGCAAUCACCCCUGACAUGGAUACCAUGGAUGACCUCAUUGACCGCGUCUCUCGAGCAUACAUGAGGCAUCAAUAUAACCAGCAAGGGCAUCAGUUUCUUCAUCAGCAGGGGCACCUGGUGCCACCAGCACCCAGGAUUGAUUUGGCUCAAACUAUGCAGCAUCACAUGCAUUCUAACCAAUCCACUUCCAAGCAUACGGGCCACCUUCAGGACAUGGAUCGGCGAAAUCACAGAGGUGUAAAACGUCCUCAUCCCGACGACCACACUACCACGGGUGGAUGCGGACGAAGCACCUCAAAACGGACGUGCCAUCAUCACGGUAUGGGUGUCACUCAUCGGGGAAUGGAGAAGAGCUUCCACCAGGGUAACAUGAGCUACUAUCCGACGGGAAACCAAGUUUUUGAGAUUCCUCAAGUUCCAACUGCGUACGCAACUCCUCAAAUUACGUUGCCGAUUCAACAAGCUAUGGCAACUCCUUUGACGCUCCAGCCUGCAACUCUGCAAAUUCCUCAAGUAUACGGCGUUUCUGCAAAUCAGGCUGUGGUUACUCUUGUACCUGGAUUGUGGAGCAAUCAAUCUGAUCCCAUUGCAGUGCACUCUCAGGGGCAUCAUACAAUUACAGGCCAGAUGAACAUGCGGACGCUUGGGAUUCACUCAGAUGCUCUGCCAAGCUGCAUGACACAUCAGUCAUCAAUGCCUGACACUCCUUUGGAAGGAUCUCACACAACGUCGUUAAAGGCUGAGCCGGGUUCUGGCAAGGAAAGUGGGGCUCCAUCACCCUUGCAAUUCCCAAAGGAUUCUGAUGACGACCCAGAAGAAAUGCUGCGAUGCAGAGAAGGCACGACGUAUUCCAUUCCUGAAGGAGAAUUUGAUUUGUCACGCAAACUUUUGUUUAAUUCAGAUAAGGCAGAUGGAGAUUGUGCCUGCAAGCAGCACCAGUGCGGUAGCAUGCACAGACUGAGGUCUCCGCCAGCCCCGAUAUGUCGACUGAGUGACUCCGUUGCUCUUCCAGGGUCGUCAUCAUUUCGCCAUGAGGACAGGAUGCCACCACGCAAGUCGCAAACAAAGCGAAAUGAGCAAAGGAUGUCGCGAAAACAGGCUCCUGCACGUAAAGAAGUUACACCAGAUUCGACCGAGGACACCUACUCGUUCUCAUUGAGCGAUGGGUCCAGUGUAUCUAAGAGAAUUUCCAGCGGCUCAUCUGGCUCGAUGAAGCCCAAGAGGACCAACUUGCCUCCUUGGAUGGAAGGAGUCGAAUUCGAUGAGAGUACAGCAUUCCAAUACACCAUGCCUAUGAUGUCUCAAGCUUGGGGUGCAAUGAAGGCACGGAAUCUUCAAGUCACGAUGAGCUGUAGUGACCAGCAGAACGAUGCUCAGUCAGUGUCAUCAGCAGAGAGCUCUGCCGACAGCGUAAAGCCAACAGUGGGCUUGCCGCACUGA